AAGCGAACAUUUAAUUUAGCACGAGCUUUUCGAGAUCUCUCAGUGGUGUAGGUUGGUUCUUGCCUGUGGUGAACCCUGCCCCUGUUCCCGCGUUCCAGCCCCUAGUCCCUAUUGACCCACUCUCGAGCUACUUACCAACACCCACAACCGAAGUAACAGUAACCGUUUAGCCACACGUUUCUCAACACUGUUUCGUCAACUGUUCACCUCACGCUGCCGCAUUGCGGGCUCGCCCCAACAGGCUACCAGGGCAACAGCAAGGAGGACUGGCGCUCGGGACCAGCGGACAUGCCCAUCAUGUCGCCCUCUCCGUAUCUGCUCAGCCGCUUCACCAGCAACGUGCCCCUCCCGACGCUCUACGCCGGCGACGCGGCCCGCAAGCCGAAGCUCUCCGUGAUCGAGCUGCUGCUCUACAACAUGGCCUCGCUGCUGGCGGGCGUCGCUGCCGGCUACGAUGUGCGCAUGUCCAACGUGUCGCCGGUGCACCCGACGCUGCUCAGCGAGCUGCCCGCCUUGAAGGCGGCGCCGAGGGCGACAAACGUGGAGGAGCAGGAGCAGCUGCCGGAUCAGGUCGAUCAAGGCGAGCAUCAAGUGGACACAACGCGUCACUUGGACGCCAAGCGGAACUCCGUGAGCUACUCAGCCCUGGAUGGACUCACGGGCCCAUCGAUGGCCACGCCCAAGCCUCAGUCAGUGGCACAGCGACGCGUGGGCGGCAGCCAAACGUAUUACACGCCCGUGCAGCGCACGCCCCAGCAUCAGCUGCAUGUGGCGACAACUGUGCCACAGCCUCAGCCUCCGCCCCAGCCGCAGCCGCAGCCGCAGCCGCAGAACCAGGCCGUGGCGCUGCUCUAUGCCGGCUCCCAGCCGCCGACGCCGUCGCCGCGCCGCAAGCUGAGCAGCAGCAGCUGCAACAACGCCGACGGCUUCGAGGAGUUCCGCGUGGGCGGCGGCAUUGGACCGCCGCCGCUCUAUGCGCCCGCCGACUACCUGCGCAACGGGCCGAGCUACUCCAACGACGGCGGCGCCUAUCGCAACGGCUAUUUCGGCUCCAACUAUUUUCCGUAUCGGCCAGAGCUGAAUUUUGCAUAUGAGCGAGACUGCAAGUCGUAUCCGGACUACUCCUACGACUACAACCAUCGCCUGCCCGACUACUACGACUACCAGUAUGAGCCGCCCGUGCAGGCAGUGCAAGCGGUGCAGGCAGUGCAGGCGGUGCAGGUGGCCGCGGUGGCAGCGCUGCCGCCGCUGCAAACGCGUACGCCGCCCCCGCGCGUUCCCCAGAUGGGCGUCAGUGCGGGCGGGCAUCGGCGCACGCCCUCGACGGUGUCGAGCAACUCGAACGUGCUGCUAGAGCACGAGGAGCUGCUCUACGACUACAACAAUCUCAAUCUGAACGUGAACCUCAACGUGGACUACGACUGCGAACCUGCGCCAGCGCUAACGACGGCGUCGCAGCAGCAGCAGCAGCCGCCGUUGCCUGCCGGUCAGCAGGAGUUCUAUGCCGGCUCGCCCAAGCUGCUCAACCGGAUGCUGCACAGUCCGCUGGCCGGCAGCAAGUAUGCGCCUGUCGCACGUCCUGCCAGCCUGCCCUUCGAGCAACACACGCUCAGCUACCAACUGCAGCAGCAGCAGCAUCAGCAACAGCAACAGCAGCAGCUGCAGCAGCAACAGCUGGCACUGCAGCAGGCGGGGAUUAGCCAGGGCAAGCUGCGCAGCUCGCUGAAGAAGUACAACAGCAACACGCUCAAUGGCAGCAUCUCGUCGCAGCAGGGCACGCCCACGAAUCCGACGCCGCCCGACUCGCUGACCAGCGACGACAGCUCCUACUUGAGCGCCAAGGAGGGCUCCAUUGGAUCGCAGCAUAGUCGGGUGCGCUUCAGUCCGGAGGCCUAUCUGGAUGCCAGCAACUUGCCCGUGGGUGUCUUGGGCAGACGCAUGACAUCGCCGGGUCUCCAGGUGCCCCCGCAGCAGCAGCAGCAGCAGCCACAGCAGCAGCAGCAGCAACGUAGGCAUCGACAUACCUCCAGCGCCAGCACCCCAUCGCCGUCGGCCUCGUCGUCCUCCUAGCAGGCGCGCCUGGCGCUGACUUUGCAGUUAGCGCGCAGUCCCGGCGCGGACAUUGGCAGCGCCGGAGGCGCCUCCGGCUUGGCCCUGGGCCUGGCCUUGCACCAGCAGCGAGUGCCGUAUCGCUGGUAUUCCGGUGCACGGCGCUCUCGCUCCGCUCACUACGAAUAUCGACUCUGAGAGUCGACAAGAGACAGAGAUAGCAAUAGCGAGCGUGAGUGCGAGUGCGAGUGGGAUGGCAAACAGU